UCUCUGGGCCCUGUGGCUGCCUGUCCCACUGCCCGCCGAGACGCCCUCAGGAAAGGUCACACUCCCUGCAGAUCCAGCGAGCCUGAACCAGACCAGCCAAGGGACCGGGAUGGAAGCUGCAGAUGCCUCCAGGAGCAACGGGUCGAGCCCGGAAGCCAGGGACGCCCGUAGCCCGUCGGGCCCCAACGGCAGCCUGGAGAACGGCACCAAGGCCGACGGCAAGGAGGCCAAGGCCACCAAUGGGCACGGCGGCGAGGUGGCCGAGGGCAGGAGCCUGGGCAGCGGCCUGAAGCCAGGGGAAGGGAAGAGCGCCCUGUUCUCGGGCAACGAGUGGCGGCGGCCCAUCAUCCAGUUUGUGGAGUCUGCGGAUGACAAGAGCUCCAACUACUUCAGCAUGGACUCUGCGGACGGCAAGAGGUCACCGUACGCGGGGCUCCAGCUGGGGGCCGCCAAGAAGCUGCCCGUCACCUUUGCCGACAAGAGCGAGCUGCGCAAGUCCCUCUUCUCGGAGCCGCGGAAGCCCACGGGCCCCGUCGCGGAGCCCGGCGAGGUGCGCAGGAACAGCUACCCCCGGGCCGACUCGGGCCUCCUCCUGCGGUCCAGGCCGGGCUCCGAGGAGGUGCUGUGCGACUCCUGCAUCGGCAACAAGCAGAAGGCCGUCAAGUCCUGCCUGGUGUGCCAGGCCUCCUUCUGCGAGCUGCACCUCAAGCCCCACCUGGAGGGCGCCGCCUUCCGCGACCACCAGCUGCUCGAGCCCAUCCGGGACUUCGAGGCCCGCAAGUGCCCCCUGCACGGCAAGACCAUGGAGCUCUUCUGCCAGACCGACCAGACCUGCAUCUGCUACCUCUGCAUGUUCCAGGAGCACAAGAACCACAGCACCGUGACGGUGGAAGAGGCCAAGGCCGAGAAGGAGACAGAGCUGUCACUGCAGAAGGAGCAGCUGCAGCUCAAGAUCAUUGAGAUUGAGGACGAAGCUGAGAAGUGGCAGAAGGAGAAGGACCGCAUCAAGAGCUUCACCACCAAUGAGAAGGCCAUCCUGGAGCAGAACUUCCAGGACCUGGUGCGGGACCUGGAGAAGCAAAAGGAGGAAGUGAGGGCUGCACUGGAGCAGCGGGAGCAGGAUGCUGUGGACCAAGUGAAGGUGAUCGUAGAUGCUCUGGAUGAGAGGGCCAAGGUACUGCAUGAAGACAAGCAGACCCGGGAGCAGCUGCACAGCAUCAGUGACUCGGUGCUGUUUCUGCAGGAGUUUGGUGCAUUGAUGAGCAAUUACUCGCUCCCCCCGCCUCUGCCCACCUACCAUGUCCUGCUGGAGGGGGAGGGCCUGGCACAGUCUCUCGGCAACUGCAAGGACGACCUGCUCAAUGUGUGCAUGCGCCAUGUCGAGAAGAUGUGCAAGGCGGACCUGAGCCGCAACUUCAUCGAGAGGAACCACAUGGAGAACGGUGGUGACCAUCGCUACAUGAACAGCUAUACAAAUAGCUACGCCAGCGAGUGGAGUGCCCCGGACACCAUGAAGAGAUACUCUAUGUACCUCACACCCAAGGGUGGGGCCCGGACGUCGUACCAGCCGUCAUCUCCCAGCCGCCUCUCCAAGGAGACCAACCUCAAGAAUUUCAACAAUCUCUAUGGCACCAAAGGUAACUACACCUCCCGGGUCUGGGAAUACUCCUCUUCCAUUCAGAACUCCGACGACCUGCCCGCAGUGCAAGGCAGCUCCUCCUUCUCCCUGAAAGCAGGCACUGGGAAAGCCCCCUAUCAAUUCACCACCUUGGGACAGGCCACUGCAGAGUUUUCCAAACCACUGGACCACAGUGGGCUGUUUAAAAAUAAUCCUGGCUAUCCCUCCCUCAUCCGGAGCCAGACCCCCAAGGCCCAGCCCCAGUCUUGGAAAUCUGGCAAGCAGACUUUGCUGUCUCACUACCGGCCAUUCUACGUCAACAAAGGCAGCGGGAUCGGGUCCAACGAGGCCCCAUGAGCUCCGGGCAGGAGGGAACGAGGCGCUACCACCCCUCCCCUCCCUACUGACCCUGCUGCUCUUGCCUGCUCAGCUACUGUGCUCAUCCGUGUGGGAGGGAGCCUGGCCUGGGCCUGCCCACUCCAGCCCUCUGCUGCCUCAGGGCAGUCCUGAGUCCCCCAUUAGCCACACUCCAUCCAGGCCCCUUUCCUGCCUUGUGACUUCUGAUGGUCACCAUCGUUCCUGUGUUCAGGGGCCAGCCCAUUGCAGGGUGAGAGAUUGGUGGGGCUCUCUGCCCUAACCCACCACCCUCCUCUUGGGCUGGAUCACUGGUGCUAGCAGUAUGUGCCCACCUGGUGUAAGCCUGCCACUCCUGCCCAUGCCCUGCUGUCCCCAGGCCUGUUGGCCACUUCUCUCCAAGGUCCCUUUCCCCCAUGCAGUCAGUAGGUGCCUGGACAAGACAGCUGUUCAUCUCACAUCCACACAGCACCACCUUCUCUCCAGCAGCCCAGUCCUGUCAGGAGAAGACUGGCCCUAUAUGUGCCCUCUCUGGUCCUACCUACCAGUGCCCAGCCUGGCAGAGCCUGCAGCUUUGGCCACCACAGAGGGAAACCUCUCAGUGUGUUGGCAUCACCCUGACCCCGUGUGGGUAUCCACCACAUCCACUUUGUUUCCGCAGGCCCUGGAGGGCAAGCUCCUGGCUGGCAGGAUGAUCUAGGCCAAGAUAUGCCUCUCUUCCACUUGCCAGGAUAAGCAAUUAUAAGUAAUUCACUCAACAUGAUAUAAUCUACCCAUGAAAAUAGCUACUGGCCCAGCCACCUUGAGGGAAAUACCACUUACCUACAGGAUUUCAUUAAUUUUAUAAUUUGGUGUGUUCUCCUGGAAGUGGAGAGUGCCUUACACGCUGCCUCCACCCUCGCCCACUGCCCCCGCAGAGACUCUGCCUCCUCUCUCUGACUACCCUUCAUGUUGCAUGUCUCGGGACCCAGGGCCUAGACAGGAGACCAAACCAGGAGCAGCAUGGUGGGGUCGUCCUCCUCUCACUCUCCCCCAGCCCCAGGGCCACAGGGCUGUGGGGGAGGGGGUCAACUUGCAGGGAUGGGGGAGGGGGACAUUCAGCUUGAGUUUUUCCCUCUGAAAUAAACC